GCGCACGAUGGCUCAACCAACGCUCACUCCGGUGUACCAUGCGUCGGGUUGGUACACGGACGUGUGCGUGUGUUGCAAUUGCUGCUCGAAGAACGGGGACGACUUCGUGGAGUGCGACCUAUGCUGCGCCGCGGUCUUCUGCCCGUGCGCGGUGCUGAACUCGAACGUGAAGAUGUUGCAGACGCGCACGUACCACAAGCCGUGCGACUUCGAGUGCACCAAGCCGUGCGGCAUCAUGGCGUGCCUGACGGUGACGAGCGGGAUCAUACAGACUAUCGGACGGGCGACCGGAGUGUUCCUCGACCUCGUGAACCUCGGCCCGCUGUACUCGUUUCAGUGGCGCUCGGCGCUGCGAGAGAAGUACGGCAUAGCCGGUGACCCGUGCUCCGACUGCAUUUGCCACUUCUGCUGUAACCCGUGCGUCCUCUGCCAGGAGCACAUCGAGCUCAGGAAGCGCAACGGAGGGACCGGUGGGCUGCCCCCGCACGCGGUCGUCAUGGCCCAGCCGUACGCCGGGGCGUGGACCCAGACGUACGCCCCGGGGGGGCAGGUGAUGCCCGCGACGGCGUACGGCGGCCCACCCGGAGCGGGGGGACCGGUGCCGAUGUACACGGCGACGGUGGCGCCGCAGGGGCCGCCGACGGUCUUCCAGCAGCCCGGAGGGGGCGUGGCAAUGGCGACGCUGUCCGCGGACCAGAGCGAACAACCGGCGCGGCCGAGCGCGGAUCCCUACGGGCAAGAUCCCUACGGGCAGCAGGAGCCGCGGAGAGCCGGCGCCUACUACCCCGAAUACCCGAGCUCCGGGAAGGCGCAGGGGGGGUAACAACAACAACGGUGUAGAAUCAUAAACGCAGUAGCUAGCAGCGCGCGACGCGUCGUCGUCUCGCUUGUAAAAAAUGAAUGAACGAAAAUCGUUUCGUCAGUCGUCCUCGUCUGAAGCCCACGGGUCUUGAUCCUCGAACCCGUCCCCCUUGUUCCUGAAGUACGCCUCGUCCGCCACCCCGGUGGUUGCAAAGUGCGCGGCGCCCGCCUCGUCUUCGGCCUGGGUCUUCGCGUCGCUGACGACGACGUGGCCGAAACCCCCCGCCUCCGCCUCGAGCGCGUCGUGGUCGUCAAAGUGCUCAAUCAGUCGAGAGAGCCGCGUCCACCGCCAACCGGCGGAUUGGUGGAUGUAGGUCUCGCACGCGGGAAUCAGCUCACGGAUCAGGGCGUGCUGACACGCGGUCUUCUGCCAUUGAAAGGGAGCUUCCGCGCCGGUCGAUCUCCCGAAAAACUCGACGAUGACGGGCGCGAGCUUGGAGGAUUCCACGUUGCGUCUGGACGUCUCGUCUCGGUACAGCGCGCCCUUGUGGAUAUCCUUGUACGCGGUCCAGUAGUCCUCGGGGGUGAAGCCAACCUUUGCGAGCGCGGCGUGAAUCUCCAGACGGCCGUCGGGUAACGUCGCGGCGUCGAGGUCGGGGCUGAGCUCGGGCAUCGGGUCAUUGGUCCAGUCAUCGACACCCGGGGAUUCCUCGUCCUUGCUGAUCU